AACCUGUUUCCAUCUAUACAGCAACAACAACAACCGAAGCCAUUUCGAAGGAAAACCAUAGAAGGGAAAAUCAAAGAUGGCGCCACCGGCAACUAUACGGUGGUGCGCGCUCGUAUUGACGCUCUUUUUAUCUCUCUAUAUCUCACCGUCGAUCGCCAUUUACUGCGACGAAGACGAUUGUUAUGAUCUCCUAGGGGUUUCUCAAUCUGCUAAUGCCUCGGAGAUCAAGAAAGCUUAUUAUAAGCUCUCCUUGAAAUAUCAUCCGGAUAAGAAUCCAGAUCCGGAAUCUAGAAAGCUGUUUGUGAAAAUUGCCAAUGCGUAUGAGAUUCUGAAAGAUGAAGCCACAAGGGAGCAGUAUGAUUAUGCAAUUGCACAUCCAGAGGAGGUGUUUUACAAUACAGCUCGUUACUAUCGUGCAUAUUAUGGUCACAAAACGGAUACUCGUGCUGUCCUUGUUGGUGUUCUGCUGAUUCUUUCGGUGUUUCAAUAUUUCAAUCGGUUGACAAGGUAUAAUCAGGCUGUAGAUAUGGUGAAGAAGACACCUGCUUACAAAAACAGACUGCGGGCGUUAGAACUUGAACGCAGUGGAGGAACUACAAAUAAGAAGAAGAGUAACAGGCAAAUUGUCAAGAAAAAGGAGGAAGAUCUCAGCAAUGAACUUGAGCUGGACAUUAAGGGAGCUGAAAAGCCAUCCAUCUGGGAAUUAGUUGGUGUCCGUUUCAUUCUCCUCCCUUACACUAUAGGCAAGCUAUUGUUGUGGUAUGGCUGUUGGUUCUGGAGAUACAAAGUCAAACAAGCUCCAUAUUCUUGGGAAGACGCAGCUUACCUGACGAGAAACUCCCUCAGAGUGCCUCUUGAUGCGUGGCUAAACAUUGAUGAAUCAACAAAGGAGGACCUUCUCCAGAGACGGUUAUGGAUAAAGUCCAACUUAGAUAGCUACUUAUCAGAAAUGCGGAAAGAGCAUAAACGCAGAAGAUAGGAAAGCUCUAUCACAUUGCUUGCUCGAGAUUGUUCACGGAAACUUCUACAUUCAAGGAAAAAAAAAACCCCUUUUUACUCAUAAGGUGAUUUUGAUUUUAUUUAUACUAGAAAGAAGAGAAGACAGUUAUUGCUGAUCACCAAAUUUUGAUGAGGAAAGCAUCCGAAUCUAAUUCUUCUAGCAAGGGUACUCUAGCAUAAUCUUUUAUAUUUCUAAAUACGAAGUUAUAGUUUUAGAUAGCUGUGUUGAUGUUCUAGUAAUUGCUGAUCAGCUAUAUUCAUAUAUGAAAUCAUGCUAACUCGUAUCACUGAUGAUAAAUUGUUUGAGUUACUCGUUUGUGA